AUGCGUUCCCUCCGUGCCAAUCGCCUCCCCUUGAGGCCACUGCCUCGUCGCUUCUCCUCGACAUGCUCGACACCCAAAGCGGCGGCGCUCAGCUCGGUGCUCAUCGCCAACCGUGGCGAGAUCGCCAUACGGAUUAACCGCACGGCCGAGCGUAUGGGCAUCCGCGCGACGACCGUCUAUACCGACGUCGAUGCCGGCUCCUGGCAUGCCUCGACGGGGUACCAGUCCCUCGCCCUCGGCCCCGCCAACGGCUACCUCGAUGGCGACAAGAUCAUCGCCCUGGCCAAGAAGCACAACAUACAGGCGCUGCACCCUGGCUACGGCUUCCUGUCCGAGAACCCUCAGUUUGCCGAGCGCUGCGAGCGCGAGGGAAUCAUCUUCGUCGGCCCCCCCGCCACCGCCAUGGCUGACAUGGGCAACAAGGCCCGCAGCAAGGAGAUCAUGACGGCCGCCAACGUGCCCUGCGUCCCCGGCUACCACGGCUCCGAGCAGGGUGAGCAGGAGCUUCUCGCGCGCGCCAGGGAAGUCACCUUCCCGGUCCUGCUGAAGAGCGUCCGCGGCGGCGGCGGCAAAGGCAUGCGCAUCGUCCUGGCCGAGGAUGAGUUCAUGACGCAGCUGAAGAGCGCCCGGGCCGAGGCCAAGGCUUCCUUCGGCGAGGGCGGUGAGGUCAUGCUGGUGGAAAAGUACAUUGUGCGCCCGCGUCACGUCGAGGUCCAGGUCUUUGCCGACAAGCAUGGCAACACCGUCGCUCUCGGCGAGCGAGACUGCAGCGUCCAGCGCCGGCACCAAAAGGUCCUCGAGGAGUCCCCAGCCCCCGACCUCGACGAUGCCACGCGUCGGGACCUAUGGGACAAGGCGCGUAUGGCCGCCUCUGCCGUCGGCUACGUCGGCGCCGGCACCGUCGAGUUCAUCCUCGACAAGGACACGGGCAAGUUUUACUUCAUGGAGAUGAACACCCGUCUGCAGGUCGAGCAUCCCGUCACCGAGAUGGUCACGGGCCUCGACCUCGUCGAGUGGCAGUUCCGCAUCGCUGCCGGUGAGAAGCUUCCCCUGACCCAGGCCGAGGUCGAGCAGGAGAUGGGCAAGCGUGGGGCGGCCAUCGAGGCGCGAAUCUACGCCGAGAACCCCGAGAAGGGCUUCAUGCCCGAUUCUGGCAAGCUCGUCCACGCCGUCCUUCCCGACACCAUCCUGGCCGACGAGGACGUCCGGUUGGACUGGGGUUUUGGCUCCGGCAGCACCGUCUCCGAGGCCUACGACGGCAUGAUCGCCAAGCUCAUCGUCCGGGCCGACACGCGAGAGAGGGCCAUCGCCAAGCUCGAAUCGGCACUGCGGGCCUUCGAGAUCGUCGGCGUCAGCACAAACGUCGAGUUCCUCAAGCGGCUGUGCCAGUCGCCCGCCUUCGUCGACGGCGACGUCGAAACGGGCUUCAUCGACAAGUGGAGGGACGAACUCUUCAAGCCCAGACGCAUCAGCGACGAGGUCUUCGCCCAGGCCGCACUCGGCAUCAUCAGCCUGCAGCUCCGGGCGCAGCCCCCUCACGGCGAGACGCUAGGCUUUGGCGACGCCGCCGCCACUGCCGAGCGCAGCAUGGCCUUCAAGGUCCUCGACGGCUACAGCGAGCAGGAAGGCCAGGUUGUCGAGGCCAGCGUCACCCAGACCGGUCACGGCCUCUACAGCGUCACCGUCGCGCGCAAGGGUGAGCCGGCGCAGCUCUUGACCAACGUCGCCUGCGAGCCGACGAUCGAGGGUCCCCUCGUCAAGCUGCAGACCUACUUUCCCUUGGAGCGGAUUCUGUCGUCGGUGGUUCCGCAGCCGGGCGAAAACGACACCAAGAUCGCCGUCUUCCAGCAUGGCGUCAAGACGGACCUUGCGCUCCUGCCGCCGGCCUGGUACGAGAAGGCGCUGGGGCUCAAGGAGCUGGCGGCGUCGGUCGUGGCCCCUAUGCCGUGCAAAGUGCUGAAGAACGAGGUCGAAGAGGGGCAGGAGGUAAAGAAGGGAACGCCGCUCGUCGUCAUCGAGUCGAUGAAGAUGGAGACGGUGAUUCGCUCGCCGCAGGACGGCGUCGUCAAGAAACUGGCCCACAAGGAAGGGGAUAUUUGCAAGGCUGGCACCGUCCUGGUUCUGUUUGAGGAGGAGGCAAAGGAGGAAGCAUGA